UUUUGAUUGGACUGUUAUCGGGCCGUCAGUUUGUUUAUCUUGUCAUUUAGCUGUACCCCUGUCCUGUAGCCAUGUUCUUUGGACGAAAGGACACAACGACAGCUAGUAUUGUUUCAACACAGAAUAUAAACCAAACACUCUCACGAGUAGGUGUGGAUACAGAGAAUGAAUUCGAAAAUUUUGUUGAGCAUGAAAUAGGUGGUAUUGUUGGAUUGGUGUUCGGAAUUCUGUUCUCAGCUGCGAUGGUUUUAGCUGCAUGGGUAACUUACAGGCGACACAGAGCAAGAAAUGAAGAGUACCGAAGAGAUAUGAAGGUCUUCUUGAAAUCCAAGAGAAAUGCUGGUGUUUACAUGGACACUACAGUCGAAGGUACGCCCACUAUCGUCACAAAGGACAGUGUGUAUACAUCCUUACGUCAGCAAGACUUGCACGAAUAUGAUUCAGGAGAGGAGAUAUAACGCUCUAACUCAUGACCAAGAGGAAUUCAAGUUCUGACGUCAUAAAUCGAUUCAGUUUCACCCAUUUUGUUCCUUUUCAUCUAAACUGCUAGUAUUAUAAAGGUCUUUAUGUAAAUUUAUAUUAAUUUAAAAAAAAAAAAAAUAUGCAAGCAUGAUAAGAUUCAAAGUUUUCUGCAAUGAACACUGCAAUGUGUGUUAAAACAUUGUACUUGAAUCGUACUCCAGACACUAGUCUUUUUACCCACUAACGGUGAUCUACCUUAAUGUGCUACAGUAGACAAAAAUUCACAUAUAUUCAGAGAAUGUUUAUUUCCACACUAAUGAGGGAUUCGUCGUGUUCAUAUGAAUUAUACCCGGUAUAUUGUGGUCGGGUAAAUGUCAUCGAGGUUUCAUAGAUUCAUUACCAAGAACCUUAUGAUGGUAUACAACUUCUUGUGAUAUGUAAUUUUCCAACUCCAACGUCUCGUUUUAUGUAACUUCAUCGUUUAUGUUAUGUAACUUUUCUACUCCAAUCUUGAAUGUCUCGUGUUUCGUGUAUGUAACUUCAACGUCUCGUGUUCUGUAAUUUCAACGUCUCGUGUUCUGUAACGUCCACGUCUCGUGUUCUGUAUAACUUCCACGUCUCGUGUUAUGUAACUUCCACGUCUCGUGUUAUGUAACGUCCACGUCUCGUGUUAUGUAACUUCAACGUCUCGUGUUCUGUAACUUCAACAUCUCAUGUUAUGUGACGUUCCUACUCCAAUCUUUAACGUCUUGUCUUUUGUUAACUUUCCUAUUCCAAUCUUCAACGUUUCGUAUUUUGUGACUUCUAACUUCAAAUGUACAAGUUAGUUAGCAUGAAUUGUAUUUUAUACUUACAUUAUUGCCAUUUUAAAAAAGAAAAUAAAUGUCAAUGAUUUACAAAA